GCUGAGCAUGGCGGCGGCGUUGGUCGGCAGGGCAGCGGUCGGCGUGGCGCUGCGCGGAGUGCGCCGGCGGCAAGGGCUGGGGCUGCCGCGGCGAGGCAGCGCAGGGCUCGCGGUGGACGACACGGUCAACGGGCUGAGCGAUGAGCAGCGGCAGCUUAGACAGACCAUGACAAAGUUCUGUCAAGAGCAUUUGGCUCCAAAGGCCCAACAGAUUGACCAGGAAAAUGAAUUCAAAGACAUGCGGGAAUUUUGGAAGAAACUUGGGGAACUGGGAGUUUUGGGGAUCACAGCUCCUGCAAAAUAUGGUGGAUCUGCUAUGGGGUAUCUGGACCAUGUACUGGUGAUGGAGGAAGUUUCUCGCGCAUCAGCUGCUGUUGGACUCAGUUACGGUGCCCACUCAAACCUUUGUAUUAACCAGCUAGUACGGAAUGGCAAUGAAGCACAAAAAGAGCAGUACUUGCCUAAGCUAAUCAGUGGGGAGCACAUUGGAGCAUUAGCAAUGAGUGAACCUAAUUCUGGAUCUGAUGUUGUCUCCAUGAAGCUGAAGGCAGAUAGAAAAGGGGACUAUUUUGUUUUGAAUGGGAGUAAAUUUUGGAUCACCAAUGGGCCAGAUGCAGAUGUUCUCAUUGUUUAUGCUAAAACUGACCUUAAUGCUGUUCCAGCCUCCCGAGGUAUAACUGCAUUCAUUGUGGAGAAGGGAAUGCCAGGUUUCAGCACAGCCCAGAAGCUUGAUAAGCUGGGAAUGAGAGGGUCUAAUACCUGUGAAUUGAUCUUUGAAGACUGCAAGAUCCCAGCCAAAAAUAUCUUGGGGCAGCUGAGUAAAGGAGUCUACGUUCUGAUGAGCGGCUUGGACCUGGAGAGACUUGUGCUGUCUGGUGGGCCACUGGGGCUCAUGCAAGCUGUUCUUGAUCAUGCAUUUCCAUACCUACAUGUAAGAGAAGCAUUUGGACAGAAAAUUGGCCACUUCCAGCUCAUGCAGGGCAAGAUGGCUGAUAUGUACACGCGGCUGAUGGCAUGUCGGCAGUACGUCUACAAUGUAGCAAAGGCCUGCGACCAAGGCCAUUUCAAUGCAAAGGACUGUGCAGGAGUGAUUCUCUAUUCAGCAGAAUGUGCUACCCAGGUGGCUCUGGAUGGGAUUCAGUGUCUCGGUGGGAACGGAUACAUCAAUGACUAUCCAAUGGGGCGUUUCCUGCGUGAUGCCAAGCUCUAUGAGAUUGGGGCAGGCACCAGUGAAGUGCGCAGACUUAUCAUUGGCCGGGCAUUUAAUGCUGCUUUUAAGUAAUAACAACCAGCGGAGAGACAGCACCCUGACUACCAAGAGGCCUUUGACUGUAGGGCUGAGGCGCACAACUUUUUCUUCCUGUUUUGAGAUUCUGGGAUUGUUGCUUGUGGACUCUUUCCUGAUUGCCCUAUGAACAGAUGCUGCUGGGCUAGGCUUUACUGAGAGAAUGAAUCAGACAGUAGGAUAGAAGGAAAAAUGUGUUUUUCUUCUCAUGAUCAACCUGAUUCAUCCUGUUCGUAAGCCAUCCGGAUUCUAAGUGCUACAGAGCUGAGGUUCGUCCAGGGGACAUAUCACCAUCAGAGCAGGCUGCUGAACAUUAUUCCUGGAACAGGAGGCAGCCGUUGCUGAGUACGGAAAGUCAAUCCAAAAAUACGGACUAGGGAGUAAUUUUCUUCCCUUUAAAAACUGAGUGCCAUUAAAUAGCUAGCAUUUAGCAUGCUCUUGCAGGACGGAGGAAUUUCCCAUUGCAAUCCAAUGGGAUUAAUUGCUUCCAUUUUGGGAAACUCAGUGCCAGCGAAUCAUGGGGGGUAGCUAUCAUGAACAUCAAAAUAUCAUAGCCAAACAAGCACUGUUUUAGGCCUUGAUUACUAAAACCUCAUUAAAACACCACUUCUAUUUAUUUGCCUCCUUCCUUUCCUAUUCCAGCUGCUUCUCAAGAUAUUUCAGUGCAGCUGAAGUCCUUACUCUUGACUGACUGCUUCCUGCUGUGUUAUCUGUUCCGAAGUGUAACCAUCCAUUCUGGGAACAGAAUUCUGGGAAUGUCAGACCUAUAUUGUGAUAUCCAUGAAUGAGUCAGUCAGAAGGAGGCUGACCUUUGGUUUCGGUUUGUUUGUUUGUUUUUGGCAGGUUGUUCUUUGGUGAAAGCAUGUACUUACACUCCACCUUUGCUUGGUUAGAGGGAGUCAGAGUGAGUGCAACAGUAUUUGUGGUUGUUUUCAGGGAGUAUUAAAUACAUCAAACUAAGGUGUACCUAAUAUUAUUAUGGAAAACUGCAGUACAUGCUGCAGUGUCAAAGAGAAUCAUGAAGGAAAAUGGGCUGUUGUAAACAUGACAGAGGAAUGAAUUAAAUGGUUACCAUAUAGGCAACCUCCCAAUAGUUUUAACAUAGAAAAACUUAAAGCUUUUUGUGUUGUUUUUGGUUGUAGUUAAUGUCUGUCUGUCCUAGGUGACAGAAACUAAUACUGAAUUUUAAAAUGCUACAGACUGAAGAAAAAUUCACUUUCUUGUAUUGCCAGCUAGGUCACCAAGUAUUUAUACAAAAGGCCAAUAAAACUUCAGUUCCUCUAGAA